AUGCGUAUCCCGUAUCUAUCCCUAACAGCGCUUGUGGUCCUGCAGGUUCAGGGCGCCGAGUUGCUCGUCAACACGACCAGCGGACCCAUGCAAGGAUUCUACAACACCUCGUCACAGAUAGUGCGCGCAUUCCUCGGCAUCCCAUACGCAGAGUCUCCAGUUGGCGCGCGACGCUUCGCCCUCCCCGUUGCCAAAUCGCGAGCGAAGAAACCAUUCGUCGCCGAUGUACUCCCUCCGAUCUGCCCCGGCGUGUACAGCCCGUCCAACGAGUCAAUUAUCAGCGUGCUGCCAUAUCUCCAGGGAAGCCCUGGCGGCACUUCAGAGGAUUGUCUGCGCUUGAACGUAUGGGCCCCUGCGGCAGCGCAUCCUGGUCGCAAAGGGAAAGCGGCGGUGAUGGUGUUCAUCCACGGCGGGAUGUUCUACCAGGGCAGCCCCUCGUCACCGUUCAUGGAUGGAACUUACAUUGUACGCGAUAAUGAAGAAGUUAUUGUCGUCAGUAUCCAGUAUCGUCUGACGAUAUUCGGAUAUCCGGGUGCUCCGAACAUCCCUCUGGUAGAGCAGAAUGUGGGAUUGCAGGACCAGCGCAUGGCCAUCGAAUGGGUACAUCAGAAUAUUGCGCAGUUUGGCGGUGAUCCAGAUCGCAUCUUGCUUUUCGGCCAGUCAGCCGGUGCUGUCUCGACAGACAUGUCUCUCUACGCGCACCGCGACAGCCCUCUCGUUCAUGCCGCCAUCCUUCAAUCAGGCGUUGCAGGCAUGUGGAACCACGACGCUCCGACUGCCCAAGCCAACUGGACCGAGGUCUCCACGGCACUGGGUUGUAGAUCUGGACACGGUACCCUGAAAUGCAUGCGCGAGCAGCCAAUUGACCAGAUCAUCGAUGCGGUGAGGGCAGCAGGCAAUACCUUCUACCCCGUGCAAGAUAACAUCACCGUCUUUCCAGACUACUCUGCCCUGUCGCGACAGGGGAAGAUCGCACCUGUACCCACAUUAAUCGGCAUCGUCGAUCGCGAACUCGCCAUUCUGUACAACCUCAGCUCCAAAACGAUCAACGAGACUGCCAUGUACGUGCGCUCGCAAACCGAAUUCAACUGUCCGACGCACGAGACAGUCCAUCUACGCUUGCAGAACAACAUUCCCACCUACCGCUAUGUCUACCACGGAAACUACACCAAUAUCAGCCCCGUCCCAUGGCUUGGCGCCUACCACGGCAGUGACCUGCCCGCGGUAUUCGGAUCUUACAAUAUGAGCGGUACCGGAAUACCGUCCACGCCGCGCGAGAUCGCUGAUAAUCGGUACAUUCAAGAUGCUUGGGUGUCGUUCGCGAAAGAUCCUCACAACGGCCUGGCCCGUUUGGGGUGGCCUAAAUAUGAUCCUGCACAAAACACCCUGGUGGAUCUGGCUACUGGUAGCGCACAGGUGGCCACAUUUUCGUCGUCCGAUAAGUGGGAUGGCAGUUGCAAUGGCUCGCAUUUUAUCUCCAGCGUGAGACCUACUUCAGGACGUGUUCGAGUUAGGCAAUCUCUCUAG